CGAUUUUCAAAUUUCAAAAAACAAAUUCUGAUUAACCUAAAGAAUAUAUAUCUGAUCCUUUGAUAUUUAUUCACUGAAAAAGAUCAGCGAUAUUAUUUAGUCUAAUUUAUUUAAUUAUAUAAAAACUUAUAACAAUGGAAGCUGUAAUAAAGGACCAAAAAGAGUUCGAAUCUAUUAUACAGGCUCAUAACCUUUCUGUAAUCCACUUCCAAGCAGACUGGGCAGAGCAGUGUUCCCAAGUAAACGAGCUCUUAGAAACCCUUUCUUCACAAAAAAAGUACCCAGAGACCAAGUUCUAUUCCUGCCCUGCAGAAGAUCUUUCUGAAGUAUGUUUGAAAUAUAAAAUCGAAGCCGUACCCACUGUGAUAUUGUUUCGGUCUGGCAGCAUAGUCGAAACGGUCCAUGGGGCCGACCCCUCAAAAAUCAUCGAAGCAAUAACGAAAUAUAGCGCUUUGAGUGGUGAUGGUGGUGAUAGCGUAGAUAAAAACAAAUCAUUAGAUGCUAGGCUGAAAAUGCUCAUUAACAAAUCAAAAAUCAUGCUAUUCAUGAAAGGUGACAGGAACAAUCCUCGAUGUGGUUUCAGCAGGAAAACUUUUGGGGUUCCAUAUGAAACUUUUGAUAUAUUGAGUGAUGAAGACGUGCGUCAAGGUUUGAAGACAUACUCAAAUUGGCCAACAUACCCUCAACUAUAUGUUGCUGGUGAGCUCAUAGGGGGUUUGGACAUUAUCAAGGAAAUGUUGGAUUCUGGAGAACUUGGGCCAACCCUCAGAUCUUGAACUUCAUUUGUCUUAUUGAGUAGUUUUAGUUCAAUUUUCUCUUUCAGUAUGAAUAUUUAAGUUUUUUGAUAUUCACUACUCUAAUUAUUCACAUAGUUUCUUUAUUCAAUUUUAUGUAAGCGAAUAAUGUUCUUGAAAUAUACUGAGGAAUAAGGUUAUAGGAUGUAUCCUUCUUGUAAAGUUUUUGUUCAGAACUUCCUUAAGUUUGCCAAAAUUUCUUAUUUUUAACAGCUGCUGGUUGUGAGAAAUUAAGGUUGUUCCUGUAAUAUUACAUGAUGAAACCUUGAUUAGAAAACUGUUCAUUAAAAACUUCUGUAAGAUCCA